AUGAGCGGCGCCCAGGCCGCCAACGGGGACCACGCGCCGGCCUUUCGGCGCUCCCACGACCUCCAGGCCAAACACCGGCCAGCCGGCUCGGAAGCGUCCAGCCAGAACGCGAGCUUCCCCACCAUCUCCGUCGUGCGCAACGGGGGAAACAUGUCGCCCUCGCAGCAGGAGCUCGCAAAGCGCCGCUUCGCGCGCAACGUGGACUCUGGUAGCGACGCAGGGCGCUCCUCGCUGCGCUCCCGCAAACUGCGGCCAGGCUCCGUCACGGGCGACGACGAGUCCGUCUUGCAGCACGCAGCCCGGGCGAGAAGCGUCCGGUCUGAAACGGGGAGCCUCUUCUUCGUGGACCAGGACCACGUCGCGGCCCAGGCGCCCGCGGUGGAGGGCGCGGCGUUCGUGAUCGACGACGCGUACUCGGAGAUGAUCAACGCCUGGUGGCCGUGGCGGUUGUUUCCGCGCCGCGCCGUCACGGGCGCGCUCCGGCUCGCGCAGACGCGCAGCUGGAUGGUCACGCUCGCCGUCGUCGCGGCCGUCAACGUGUUCGGAGGCGAGCUCGCGCUGUGGGCGUUCGGCUCCGUGCGCGCGUACCAGGCCAUCACCGCGACGUGCACGGCGCUGCACGUGAUCGACAUGGUGUGCAGCUCCUCCACGCCCGUCAACAUCUUCCGCACGCGCUCCACGUACCUCCGGAAGACGUCCAUCCUGGCGACCGUCGCGUUCGUGGGCUGCCUGGCCUCGGUUGGCGUCGCCGUGCUCAGCGCGUGGGGCUGGGCGGGCCUCGAGUACGCCGGCUCGGGGAGGGGCUUCCUGACGGUCGCGACGCACGCGAGCGCCGCGGUGAACGUCGCGCACCGCUUGUCCCUGCUCAAGGCCAUGUCGGCGGUGUCCAUCUUCACGCGGCACCGCAUGGCGCGCAUGGCCGCCGAGCUCCACGUCAGCCGCGCGGGCAACGGCUCGCCGUACCCCGCGGGCGACCAGGCCGCGUCCGACGACUCGGCCCCCCCGCCCCCCGCGGUCCAGAUCCCCACCAAGAUCCAGGAGAUCGUCAAGUUCCGCGUGUGCCUCCUGCUCAUGGCCGCGCUGCUCUUCCUCACGCCCAUGCCCGCGCUCGUCCCGCACGCAGCGGCCUCGCUGCCCGGCGCGCUCGCCGCGGCGGUCCGCGGCGCCCGGGGCGACGUGGCGGCGCACCUGACGCUGGCGGCGGAGGUGCUCGCGCCCACGCUGCCCGUGCGGGUGCCGGAGGUCGCGGUGGGGGUCGGCGACCGGCAGUGGGUCCUGCGGGCCGGGGGCGGCGUCGAGGAGAGCCCCGCGGGGUCGUGGGCGGCGCUGCGCGCCCAGGAUGGGGACAUCGUGGUGGUGGACGGGGACGGCGGCGUGCAGACGCGGAUGGAGUUCGGGGCGUACUGGGGGACGUACGCGCUGCAGCUGGGGCUGGCCAAGGCGCUGUGCCUGGGCGCGCUGCUGGUCGUGGUGGUGGGCACGAGCAACGCGCUCGAGGCCAACUUCAUGCGGCCGUUCGUGUCGCUCUUCGGGGCGCUCUUCGGCGCGCUCAGCGCCCUCGGGCAGGAGAACGAGCUCCUGCAGGAGCUGGACGCGAACAACGUGUUGAGUUUGGAAGGGGUGGACAAGACGCUGUCGUUCGAGGACGCGAUCGAGCAGGUCGUGCGCAUGUCGAUGGUGGUCCUGGGCUCGAAGAUGCUCUCGGACAACCGCGGCGCCGCCAAGCGGUACAAGGACCUGGAGUCGGUCGACAAGCUCACGGCCGACUGGAUCGCCACGCAGUACAUGGCCGACGGGCUCGACGACGUCUCGGCGCCCAGCAUGGACGACGACGCCAUCGAGCCGCGGCGGUCCUUCGCGCCCUCGCUCCAGGACCACUCUGGCGCGGGCGCGAGGUGCGUGUCGACUCAGGACGCGACGGUCGCGCACGACGAGGUCGAGGUCGUGUCGUGGUCGGAGCUCGGGUACCCCUCCCCGCUCAAGAUAGAGUGGGCCGCGCACAUCCUCACCAUCCCGGAGGAGAACCUCCUCAUCCAGUCCGCGCUGGAGAUGAUGGACACCACAGGCGCGUUCGACGGGCAGAUCUCCCGCCGCAAGACGGCGCUGCUGCUGUCCAAGCUGCGCGGGGAGUACAUCGACAACCCGUACCACAACUUCCGGCACGCGAUCGACGUGAUGCACACGUGCCACCACCUCCUCCUCCUGAUGAACCCGCGCCUGCGGCCGUGCCCGCUCGAGCAGUACGCGGUGCUCCUGGCCGCCAUCGCCCACGACGUGGGCCACCCGGGCGUCAACAACGCGUUCCUCGUCGAGACGAAGAACCCCAUCGCGCUGCGGUACAACGACAAGGCCGUGCUGGAGAACCUGCACGCCGCCACGCUGUUCGAGCUGGCCGCGGACUCCGACUCGGACAUCCUCGCGGGGCUGUCGCAGAAGGACUACCGGCGCAUCCGGGCGCUCCUCGUCGAGUCGAUCCUCCUCACGGACAUGACGCAGCACUUCCAGAUCAUCUCGGACCUCGACCAGAUGGCCACGACCAAGGCCGAGGAGAUCGCCGCCAUGACGCACGCGCUCUCCAAGGGCGCGGCCUGCGCGACGGACGCCGGGCGCCGCGCCGUGCAGGCGGGCGCGUCCAUGGACGAGAAGGACCGCAAGUACGUGCAGAACAUCGUGCUGCACGCCGCCGACAUCGGGUCGAUGCUCAAGCCCGGGACGCUCCCCUGGUCGGACUGCGUCCUCGUCGAGUUCUUCGCCCAGGGCGAGCGCGAGGCGAGCAUGGGCAUGCCGGUGUCCCCCAUGAUGGACCCCGCGCUGGUGGACCCCGCGGACAGCCAGCUCAAGUUCCUGGAGUUCAUCGUGUUCCCUCUCAUGGAGGCCAUCGUGCGCAUCUUCCCCGAGGUGCACGCGCUCCUGCCGCAGCUCCAGGUGUCGUACCAGGCGUGGUACGACCGGUACAUCGAGUCGGUGGCGAAGAAGGAGGCGUCGAUGCGCGCGAACGGCGCGGCGGGGCAGGCCGUGGCGGACCAGCAGCAGAAGAUCAAGGACGUGCAGAUCCGGGCGAGCAACUUCAACUCGCGCGCCGCGGCCUCGCAGACGCAGGCCAAGGAGCACCUUGCCAAGCACGGGUUCAAGGUCGCGCGGCCGAGCGUCCUGCGGGAAUGA